AUGAAUGAGAUAGAUUCGUCCAUUAGCCCAUUGUUGAAUCAAGCGCCUAUUGAACACUCACACUAUUACAAACAACAAUCGCUGGUAUACGAUAGAAGACCAUCUCAUAUUGAUCAUCAAGGGCUGGAUUUCGAACAAGGUAUUCACCACACUCAACCACAAAAUACAGCAAGGGUAAACACACAGCUGGAGGAAUCGCCACAACUACAGCACCCACAACAAGCUCUGCAUCCACAGCACCCACAACAAGAGCUGCAUCCCCAACUGCUAGAUAACCAGCACCACCACCUUCACUCAAUAUCACAAGUGAAUAAACACAGACUGAGACAAUCUCCACUUUACCCAUCGUCUAAACUAUAUUCACAACCACCACCACAAGCUUUCAACUCUGAGUGGAUAGAAUCAGCACAGAACUCUCCCGAAAACAUCUCCAAAAUUUUAGAGGAUCAAGUGAAGAUGUCAACAACAACAGCGAUGGCAACGGGGUCAAAUAUCAGGUAUGAGACUCCACUGAAGUCAAAAAACGACUUUGCUUACAAUAGUAUCCCAUUGCACCAUGAUGAUACACAAAAAAUUGAUAAAGCUGAGUCGUUAUCACAAGCCUCCUCUACAGCAUCCACAAUUCCACCAAAACCGCCAAAAAUUAGCAAUUGGAAGAUAUUUUGGGCCAUGUUGAAUAACAUUGUGGGCAAGGACAAGAUGGCUAAAGUUGGACAAUACACAUUACGAUUAUUGGUGUUUCAUGCAACGCAAGCCCAGGAUUACUUGUCUGAUGACAAAGUCAAUAUUGCUACUAUCAAAUUGAGGUAUGAUGAUUCGACAAAACAAUUGGAAUUGUUGAAAAAUUUUAUCAAGCAUCCUGCUGAUUUUAUCAAAAUUAUUGCCAUUAUUGUGUGUUCUACAUUCACGACUCGUUUUGCUGGAAUGAUUAAUGGGCUAUCCAUGUAUCGACAAUUUCUUCGAUUUGGUAAAACACCAUUCAGAAUAAGGGAUUUGCUAGUCAAGUUCAAGACCAACAUCAACUUCAAGAAUAAGAUGCUACAAAUCAACGAACGCGAACUUUUCAAUAGAUCAACCUUGAGUCAAAUUUUCAGCUUGUAUUACGGAGUCAAUGACGAAUCAAUCUUGCUUUACAAACUAAAAUUUUUAACGUCUGGAACUUACAAGACAUUUGUCACUAAGCAUGAGUCGUAUGCAUGGUACUGCGAAUCAUGGCUAGCCUUGUACAAUGCGUAUGAAACAUUGACCAAUUUGACCCAACAGGAAAUGGAUUUGAAGAUUGCCAUCCAAGUGCGUAACAAGGCCAAAAUACUAUCUAAACAAUUACUCGGAGGUGCCGAUAUACUCAAUUUGACUUCAUCGACGUAUAAUUCAUCAUCCAACAGUGAAGAUGAGUCGAAAUUGAAGGAUAUAAUGUUUAAAAAGACAAAUUGUUGGAUCGAUAUUUACAAGUUGUUGGCUGAUUUGGGAUUCAAUACUUAUAGUGUAUUCAGCAUUGCUUUGCCGUUCCAGACUUGGCAAAUAUGGAUGGGAAUUGCUGCUUCUACGUUGAGCACUAUUAAAUUGUAUAGAGAGACAAAGGAUACGAUGGUUAAGGAACAUGAAAAGUGA